CAAAACUUUCUACAACAUUCCAAAAAGAAAAAAAAAAGCCUUCUGCAACAGGAUCAACAAAAAUCGAAAUCGAUGUUCAGAUCAUACUUGAGAAAACUGACAGGGUUUCAAUUUUGGUGUGAAAAUGGAACUAGAGAUGGGUGUUCAGAGAUGGUUGGUUGACAUAUCUCAGUGGAACCCAUCUCCCCAUGACUUCUCGUUUGCCGUCUCUAUUCUCCCCGAAAGCGAGCAUUCUUCCAUCACCAGGUUUGUGAAAAUGGAAGAUCGAAAACGAGCACUUGCGAGCAGGUUGUUGCAAUAUGCACUUGUACACGAGAUAUUGAGACUCCCAUUUGAUGAAAUUACUAUUAAGCGCACCGUUGAGGGCAAACCCUAUCUGGAAAGCGAUAAAGUGAACUUGAAUUUCCCCAAUUUCAACUUCAACGUAUCUCAUCAUGGAGACUAUGUGGCAAUAGCUUCUGAACCAGUAUGCCUUGUGGGUUUGGAUAUCGUCUGUCACUUCCUUCCUGAGAAAGAAACUGUUCCAGAGUUCAUUCAGAAUUUCUCAGCAUACUUCUCAACUUUAGAAUGGAAUGACAUUAUUAAUCCUGGAAAUUGUGAUGAAAUGUUGAAUAAGUUUUACAGAUAUUGGAGUCUAAAGGAAGCAUAUAUCAAGGCCAUUGGAACUGGGGUGGGGUACAGAUUGGAUAGUGUGGAAUUUCAUCACAAUAAUUGGACCAACAUAUUUGUCAAAAUUGAUGGGAGAGAACUGAAGGAUUGGAGAUUUUGGCUUUUUGAGCUGGAGAAAAGCCACGUGGUAUCUAUUGCUAAAGGUCACCCAGGGAUUGCCACUGAGAGUUACAAGAAAAUGCUAAAACAGACAGAAUUUGAUGAAAAAGAGUUUUAUUUGAGCCUUCAUCUUCCAAACGUAGGAUUUAAAUUGUGGACAGUGGAAGAACUCAUCCAAGUGUUUGUCAGAGAAGCUGAUAUACUGACUGGCAUAUCACGAAAUUCUGAUAUGACCCAGGCUGAAAAAGUUGCAGAAGGCAGCCAUCCACAUAGCCUGCAUCGAACAAAAAAACAUGCCUGAUUAGUGAGGAAACAACAAAAUGGAAGGCAACUGAUCAUGGGGGUAAUAAGCAGCGCAUUGAAGUGAAUCCUACCCUCCCCAGGCCAGCACCUGUUUGCUUAGUGCCAUCGAAGUUCUGCUUUUCAUUCCCGCCAUUUUUCGUAGGUGGAAGUACAGGGGAAAUCAUUUAUUUUCUGCCAAAAUGCAAGGCCAUUUGGGAAAAUGACCGAUUGGAACAUACCUGCAUGCUCUGAGACACCAUACAGGGUCUGUGUUUCCUGGAUGAUUGUGAUGAUCAGAUCUGCAAGAUGAUUUCAGUUUGUCAAGAAAAAUCUGAGGAUUAAUAAUUCAUCUUGCCUAUUCAUGCAAAGAUUGUUACACAUUAUGCAUGCUUGAAGUGGCAUAACUCUCUCUCUCUCUCUCUCUCUCACACACACAC